AUGUUUGAUAACUCACCGUACAACAUGGCGGGCAAGUCGAAGUUCCGAAUUCCUUCUUUAAAAGAAAUGGAAAAACCUGAUGAUAAGUUGGUUCCCGUGUUUUCUACAUACAAACAAAAUAUCAGUUUAUCAAGUGAUGAAAAACUUAAUUUAUCUAAACCAAAGUCCCCAUCAAAGCAUCCUGUGCCUCUCCAAGCCGAGCCAUUCAUAAAGAGUGUUUCUAGUGAAACACUCCCCUCAAGAAAUACACCUGCAACAUCUUCCAACACUCAACCAAAACCUAGUGCCUUAAACACAAAUGUCACAAAAUCAGUUUCAGUGGCAAAACAAGAAACAGCUAAACAUGACCAACAGCCAAAGAGUACUGCAUCUGAAAUACCUGUAACAAAACAGUCUACCAAUUCCAUCAUUGUGAAUACGCGGCAGAGAGGAAAUCCAAUUCUAAAAGGCAUUCGAAAUGUCCCCUGGGAAUUUGGCAACAUUGUUCCUGAUUAUGAAAUGGGUAAAGCAUCUUGUGCUCUAUUCUUGAGCUUACGUUAUCACCAGUUACAUCCUGAAUAUAUUCAUACUCGACUGAAGUCUUUGGGAAAGAGUUAUGAUCUUCGUGUAAUGUUAGUCCAGGUUGAUUUGAAAGAUCCCCACCAUUUAUUGAAAGAAUUGAGCAAGAUGUGUAUACUUGCUGAGUGUACAUUAAUCCUGGCCUUCUCUCCAGAGGAAGCUGGUCGAUAUUUGGAAACUUAUAAAGUUUACGAGAACAAACCACCUGAUAUGAUCAUGGAGAAAAGUGAACAUGAUUACAUGUCCAAAUUAACAGAUUGUUUAACUACAGUGAAGUCUGUAAACAAAACAGAUUGCGUGAAUUUGAUUUCAAGUUUCAAGUCAGUUGAAUCUAUAAUAAAAAGCAGCCGUGAGAGUUUGUCAUUUUGCCCAGGCCUGGGUCCUCGGAAAGCACAACGCCUCUAUGAGGUGUUUCAUGAACCAUUUCUACGGAAGAGGAAACGUGUGUCAAAUGAAAAUAUUCAAAGUGAAAGUCCUAAGAAAUUCCAGAAAACAGCAUCUUCAUAA